GUUCGUUUGAAUUCCAAUGUUUUACCCGCAAAAACAGCUACAACAAAACACAAAAACAAAGUAUAAAAGAAACUUCCGGUAAAAUAUUUGCAGGUUCCUGUUUCUCUUCAAGCGUUGGGCUCGUUUUGAACACCUUUACAGUCCGCUGUGCUACAACCUCAUAAUCUAACGCAAACUUUGGAACGCCGCCCGUCUUGCAGAUAGUGCAACUUAAAACCAGCCAUAUGAUCUCAUGCGUUAGAUUACGCUUUUUUGCUGGAUAUUUUUGUUGUUUGUAAAGGAAAACAGGCAUAAACCAUCCUGAGGGCAGUGAUGAAAAGAUGCACAACUUAGCAAUAGUUAUUCGGAAGCUCCAUCAGUUGAAAAAAUGAACCACUGAUGUGGUGGAAAGUCAGUAGGUCCCAGUUUGAAUGAAAUUCCGCAGAUAUGAAGAUCACAGAUAGUGCGUUACGGAGCUUUAGGGUAGCCAGGACAUAUCGAAACAAUUCAGAAAAGGUUAAUUGUAUAGACUACAGCCCAAAUGGUGAAAAUGCGAUAUCAAGCAGCAACGACGACUGCAUUGUGUUAUAUAACAUCCAAGAAGGAAAACCAAGUAGGACCCUGUACAGCAAGAAGUAUGGAGUAGAUCUCAUCCGCUACACGCAUGGAGACACACACACAGUGGUCUACAGCUCCAACAAACUGGAUGAUACCAUCCGAUACUUGUCCCUCACUGACAACAAGUACAUCAGAUAUUUCCCAGGUCACACUGCUCGGGUCACUGCGCUCUCCAUGUCUCCAGUGGACGAUACCUUCAUCUCCAGCUCGUUGGACAAGACUAUCCGAAUCUGGGACCUGCGUUCUCCCAACUGCCAGGGUUUGACUAAUCCUCUGGGGAAACCUGUGUGCACAUUUGACCCGGAUGGUCUGAUAUUUGCUGCUGGGGUGGAAUCUCAGGCCAUUAAGCUGUAUGACCUCCGUGCUUUUGAUAAGGGUCCCUUUGCCAGCUUUGAGACCAGGUUUAAUCGUGUCUGUGACUGGACUGGACUCAAAUUCAGCAGCGACGGGAAUCAGAUCCUCAUCUGUACAAAUGGAGGGGCCAUUCGCGUCCUGGAUGCCUUCAGUGGAUGUGUGCUGCACACUUUUUCAGGCUAUAACAACAGUAAAGGCAUCUCUCUGGAGGCCUGCUUCACUCCAGACUCAAAGUUCGUCAUGAUCGGUUCAGAGGAUGGAAGGGUUCACGUUUGGAGCACUGAGAGUGGGAUGAAAGUGGCGGUGUUAGAUGGCAAGCAUCCAGGACCCAUCAACACUCUGCAGUUUAAUCCCAGAUACAUGACCUUUGCCAGUGCCUGCACAAACAUGACUUUUUGGCUCCCCUGCCUCGAUGAGCCAUAAAGCAACCAAAACACUUAACCCACCCCUUGAGGUGUGCUAUAUUAGUGAUGGACGCUCCUUUGUGGCACAGUAGGAUCCGUUGGCACAAGAGAUUUUUCUUCGGAGCAAACUACGUUUUUUAAGUCAAUUUCUUUUACCAGCAGCAUCCUGAAGAUGUUGAGUGAGUGGAUGCGGCAUGUGCUGAGCCAAACAAUAGUUGUUUUCUGCAAAAAGUUACUUUUAACACCAUAAUAUAAAUAUCAUUAUUAUUUCUACCCCUAUUAUGCGGUUUUAUUAUGUUGUAACUAAUCCAUGUUUUUAUUGUUUGAAUUUGGUAUAAUAAACUUUUUUUUUAAACACGCCCA